CGAGAGAGAGAACCCGUGAAUAUUGGGAAACGUGAUGAAGGAUGAACCGGACCGGAUGGAUAGUGAUUCGGCCUCGCUCGGUCGCACCCCACAAAUCCAAAAUCCUACAUAUAAUCUUCCCCUGCACGUAAGGCGAAUCACCCUCUCCAUUUCUCCACAUCACCUUCCCUCUCUCUCUCUCUAGAUUCUCUACCUGCGUUUGUUUUGUUUACGUAGCGUUACCUCUCUGGCUCUCUGGUCUCUUCCUCUCCACAAAGUUCCCAUUUUUCCUUUUCCUCCUCCUUGCGAAAAAAGAACAAACGCCCAUUGACACGUCUCUGUCCUUUCAGCCUCUGAAAUCGCUCAUCGAAGGCCCUCUGAGCAGAGUUCGAGCUCGGCUCUUAUCGCCCCUGGCAUUUACGUCGGUCGCUCGAUCUCUUAUGUUACUUGCUCGCCAAUGAAGAUGAAGGAGGUCGUGUACCAGGAGGAGUACAGAGAGAACGCGAGAGGGGUUCAGCUCUUCACCUGCAGAUGGUUGCCAUGCUCGUCCUCUCCGAGAGCGCUCGUUUUCAUUUGCCAUGGUUAUGGUAUGGAGUGCAGUGGCUUCAUGAGAGAAUGUGGAACAAGAUUGGCCAGAGCAGGAUGCGCGGUGUUUGGGAUCGACUAUGAAGGUCACGGCCGUUCCAUGGGAGCCCGAUGUUACAUCAAGAAGUUCGACAACAUAGUCAAUGACUGCGACGAUUUCUUCAAGUCGGUCUGCGCUCAAGACGAGUACAGAGGCAAGAGCAGGUUCCUGUAUGGAGAGUCCAUGGGAGGAGCUGUUGCACUGCUUCUCCACAAGAAGGACCCCGUCUUUUGGACCGGCGCGGUUCUCGUGGCGCCCAUGUGCAAGAUAUCAGAGAAGGUGAAGCCGCACCCGGUGGUGGUGAACCUGUUGACGAAGGUGGAAGAGAUCAUACCGAAAUGGAAGAUAGUCCCGACAAAGGAUGUCAUCGAUUCUGCCUUCAAGGACCCUAUCAAGCGAGAACAGCUGAGAAACAACAAGUUGAUAUAUCAAGACAAGCCACGGCUGAAAACGGCAUUGGAGAUGCUCAGAGCCAGUAUGAGGCUCGAAGACACUUUACAUGAGGUGACUCUGCCGUUCUUCGUGCUGCAUGGGGAAGCGGACGUAGUGACUGACCCGGAAGUGAGCAAGGCCUUGUACGACCAGGCCAGCAGCAGGGACAAGACCAUCCGGCUCUACCCCGGCAUGUGGCACGGCCUCACCUCCGGCGAGCCCGACGACAACAUCGACAUCGUCUUCUCCGACAUCAUCGCCUGGCUCGACAGGCGCUGCAACGCAGACGCCGGCAUGGAUACCUUCCCCGCCGAUCCCGUCCUUCCGUCGAGCAAUGGCGGCGUCAUCGAGAGAUUCGCGACGUCCUCGCCAGCAGGGGCCGCGAUGAAUGGCAAGCAGAGGCAGCGUAACGGAAGCUACUUGUGCGGAUUGAAGGGACGGCGCUUGUUCCAGCACUCUGCCAUGUGAUCUCUGUCGGACAUUCUGAUGCUCAGGCACAGACAUACAAGAUGUUCACAAAAAAAAAAAGGUUUUCGUGUGAAUGCAACUCGACUUCCGUUGGAUGUUAGCGAAUUACGAGGUUGUAUGAUCUUAAUCAGAAAGAUUAAAGUUACUAACACUUGGAAAGCUUUCUAGCGGCUUAUUGGUGAUGGUGAAGUAACAGGAGAAAGAUAAAGUACAUGAAUUAGCAUGAAUUCUUCGU